AUGGUUGCACCGUCACUAGAAAGGGACAGUAGUGGUGCUGCCAGAUUUACUGGGUGUACUAGUAUCAGGGAAUUCGACUUUUUGGGCAAGUUGGGUGAAGGUACUUUUGGAGAGGUCUACCGAGCAAGAUCGAAAAGGGACGGCUCUAUCGUCGCCUUGAAAAAGAUUCUUAUGCACAAUGAACGGGAUGGGUUCCCGAUUACUGCACUACGCGAGAUCAAGCUGCUAAAAAUGCUGUCGCAUACAAACAUCAUGCGGCUCAGAGAGAUGUCUGUCGAGCGAAGCAAAGGGGAGGGCCGAAAGAAAGCCAGCAUGUAUAUGGUCUUCCCUUAUAUGGAACACGACCUUUCAGGACUCUUGGAGAACCCGGCAGUUCACUUUACCGAGCCGCAGAUCAAGUGCUACAUGAUCCAACUCUUAGAGGGGCUGCGUUAUCUACAUGGGAAUUGUAUCCUGCAUCGCGAUAUGAAAGCUGCAAACCUACUUAUAAGUAACCGUGGCAUUCUUCAAAUUGCUGAUUUUGGGCUGGCACGACCAUUUGACGAACCACCUCCUCAACCCGGGAAAGGUGGUGGAGAAGCCAAGCGAGACUAUACGACAUUAGUAGUGACACGCUGGUAUCGUCCUCCGGAACUACUACUACAGCUCCGGCGUUAUACUUCUGCAAUUGACAUGUGGGGAGUCGGGUAUAGUCACCGCGAGUUUUCUGCGCCCUAUUUCUAA